AUGGCGAAGGAGAAGGAGGUAAUAUCCGACAAGCUCAAAGACAAGGAGUUUGUUGGUGAAUGUAUUUCAACUGCACUUGAGUGUGUUCCAGGUAUUGGACCAUUGUUGGCUUUUUCCUUCUCGAUGUUCUGGCCAAAGGACCCAAACAAGGAACUUGUGACCAGGAAGGAGUUGCAAGCGGCCAUCGACACACUCAAGAAUGAGAUGAUCACAAUCAUUGACAAGAAGAUUGAGGAGACUGAAGCCAAUAUCUGGAAGAAACUGGUCAAUGCACUCUUUGAGUGCUUGGUCAGCGAGUUGGAUGAUCUCCAGGAACCCAUCUCACUUUUGAAGAGACAGUUGGCUGAAGAUGGUGUUGGUUCUGAGAAAACCAAGACCCAGAUCCGAAUGGCACUCACCUCACUCCGUCACAAGACCAAGGAGUAG